AUGUCUGAGAUUCUCGUCAUCACCUGCCCCGGCGGCAAACAAUGCUCACGCCUGAUUCCGCUGCUCUACAACAAGGGAAAAUUCCAGCUUCGACUGGCAGCUCACUCCUCAAGGUCUGCCCAGAAGCUCAAGAGUCUCUAUCCCGAUGCACAAGUUGCAACGGUGGAUCUCCAGUCCCUUGAGGAGUGCACAAAGUUGCUUCAGGGCGCCGUGGCGAUCAAUGCUGUGCUGCCAAGCCUGCACUCCCAUGAGAAGGUCAUGGGCUUCAACCUGAUCGAUGCUGCGGUUGCCGAAUCGAGGCGCGAGGGCAACGUCUUCAAGCAUUUUCUCUUCUCUAGUGUUCUUUCAACCCAGCAUAGAACGUUGUUGCAUCACGACCUCAAAAGCCACGUAGAGGAACAUCUAUUCUUGAGUCCAAUCACCUGCUGGACAAUUCUAAAGCCAGUAAACUUCAUGGACACGUUCCCUCUCGCAAAGCUCGCCGCCCAGGAGAAGCCGGUUCUCGACAAGUGGUGGUCGCCAAACUCCGCCAGCAGCCUGGUCUCUCUGGAUGAUCUGGCCGAGGUGUCAGCCAAGGUUCUGAAUGAGCGAGAGCGGCACUACUUGGCCGAGUAUCCCCUCUGCUCAACAACGCCCAUUUCAGAGACUGAAGUCGUCAACUUGGUUGAAAAGCGCAUCGGAAAGCGGAUCGAGGUCAGGGUUCCAUCUCUAGAGGCUGGAUCAGACAGGUUGAUGGAGCGCCUGUACGGCGACAAGACUGGACAGAUGGGGAACGAGGGCGAUCCUCGCGGUGACUUGGUCCGCGACACGGUCGAGCGCCUCAUUUUGUAUUACAACCGUCGUGGUCUGCAAGGAAGCCCCAACGUCAUGACGUGGCUCUUGGGCAGGGACCCUACUUCGGUUGAGCAAUGGAUUGAGAACGUCUUGUCUAGUCCUGCUUGA